UCUGGGAAUUUCUCUGCCGAGUCAGGCCAGGGGGAUUCCCCGGGCUCGGUGCGCACCGCCCGCCUCCUCGGCACCCUCCUCCGGGUCUCCGCCUCCGCCGGGGCUGCCGGGUGCCGAGGGAGGCGCGGGUGCCGCCGCUGGAAAAUGAGCGGUGCCCCGAGGGUGGCCCCGAGCUGCAGCCACGUUCCGGCGGCUGUUCCCAGGAGCGGCGGGAGGCGGCGGCCGCGGUGAGCGGGGUCCGCGCGGCGGGUGCGGGUGAAGAUGGAGAAGUUUCUGCAGAUCGCGCCUCACUCCCUGGCCAUCAUCCUAGGCCCGGCCGAGGGCCCGGCAGGGGACAGGCCCCGGGCAGCCCAGUCCGCGCCCCCGGCCCAACCUCGGCAGCUGGCCCGACACCAUAUCGGCUAUGAGAUCUUCGCGGAUUUCAAAGCCGAAAACAUGCAACACUUCUGGAACAAGAAGGUCACGGCCGCGGUGGCCGAGACCUUCUUCCUGGGCUGGAUCGACGAGCAGGUCCUGCUGAUCCAGGGCAAGGAGGAGCAUCUGGAGGCGCUGCGCGAGGGCUGGACGCGCCGGGCGCUGCGACCACCCUCGGGCUUCCACAUCCGCUGCCUGGGUGAGUGUGGCCGCCGCCCGCCGGCUCCUGUCCCGUCCCUUCGGGUCCAGCCCGAUCGCGGGGCUCGCGUCCUAUCCCUUGCCGGCCCGCUGCGGGCGUCGGGAGCCGGGGCGCAUUCCGGGCUCCCGGGAUCCCCGCGCCGCGCUCCGGGAGCGCGGGAUCGGGGCGCUUCCUGGCACCUAAAAGAAGGAGCUGUGCCUGUCCCGUCCCCCCUUUCCCCCGCCUCCCCAACCGGCCGCGGAGCUCCCCGCGGGGCGGUGCCUGGGGCUGGCCAGGUAGGCGGCGCGGCGGCAGCGCGGGAGCUCGGCGGUGCACGGCUGUCCCGCGGUCCCGGAGUCUCACCUGGGCGGCCGCGGGAGUGCGUGAGAACCCGCACAGCUGCAGAGGGCGGAUCCAGGUAGCAUCAGGUAGCAUCCGGGCUUCCACUCGGAAGUGGCGGCCGGCAGUUCAGGUGCGCGCCGCCCCCACCCCGGGACCUCCCUCCCCAGGGUGGCGACCUCCGGGGACGCGUGGGGCAGCUCAGGUGUGGGCUGAAUUCGGACGCACCUGCAUUUUUUGUCCCAAAGCGGUAGAUUUCGUUUAAGUGGC